AUGUCGUACGAAACCAGGCUGUUCAUCAAUAACGAGUACGUCAAAUCUAAAGCUGGCGAGACAUUUUCCGUGAACAGCCCAAACGAUGGCUCUCUCGUCGUCGAAGGUGUCCACGCCGCCGGCGAGGCCGAUGUCGACGCUGCUGUUGAUGCUGCGGGCAAGGCCUACAAAUCCUGGCGGACGGUCCCCGCAGCCCAGAAGGCAAAGCUCAUGUUGAAGAUGGCCGACCUUGUCGAGCGCGACGCUGCGAAGUUGGCCAUGUUAGAGACCAUCUGUAUGGGUCAGCCGAUUAGCGCGGCUAAGAAGUUCAUCGCCUCGACUGUGGCGUACUGGAGGUACUACGCCGGCUGGUGCGACAAGAUUGAGGGAGAGUCGUUCCCUGAUGAUGGCGAUGGAAAGAUGAAGAUGGUGCAGUACAUGCCGUACGGUGUCUGCGGUGGCAUUGCUGCUUGGAACGCGACACAGGUCACCGCCGUGAAGAAGAUCGCGGCAGCCAUUGCCGUUGGCAACACUUUCGUCUUCAAGGCUUCAGAGAAGUCGCCGCUUGGUGCCAUUGCGCUGGGCGAGCUCAUCAAAGAGGCGGGCUUUCCUCCAGGCGUCAUCAACAUCGUUUCUGGUCCUGGCAAGACAGGUGCAUUGAUAGCAGCACACAUGGAUAUUGGCAAGAUCAGCUUCACCGGAUCCAUCGCCAGUGGUCGCAAGGUCCAGGACGCUGCCACCAAGUCCAACCUGAAGCGCGUUACGCUCGAAUUGGGUGGCAAGUCACCGGCACUGAUCUUCAACGAUGCAAAUCUUGAAAAUGCCCUCGCUAUGAACUCGCAAGGCUUCCUGGCCAACACGGGCCAGAUUUGCGCUGCAUGCAGUAGGGCGUUGGUGCAGGAGAAGAUCGCGCCAAAGUUCAUCGAAGGCUUGAAGCAGAGAUUCGAAAAGCUUUCCGAAGUCAUGUCCGAUCCAUCCGAUGAGAAGACAGCUCUUGGACCUCUUGCGGAUCAAGCCCAGUACGAGCGCGUCAUGUCGUUCCUGGAAACCGGCAAGUCGUCUGGAGCGGAAGUCAUCACAGGCGGUGUCCGGAAGGGCGAGAAGGGCUGCUUCAUCGAGCCCACUAUCUAUCUCAACCCCGAUUCGAAGGCGAAGAUCUUCACCGACGAGAUCUUUGGUCCUGUGAUAAGCAUCAAGACGUUCAAGACGGAGGAAGAGGCGAUUGAACUUGCCAACGACACCACUUACGGUCUUGCCGCCUCGAUCUAUACGGGCGAUGUGACGCGUGCGAUGCGUGUCAGUACAUUGUUGGAAGCUGGCACCGUGACCAUCAACGCCCCAUACGGUGGACUCCUGAGCGCGCCAUUUGGCGGGAUGAAGCAGAGCGGAUACGGCAGGGAGUCUGGCAAGUAUGGCUUGUAUGACUGGAUGCAGGCGAAGGCGGUUGUGUUCAAGUAA